CCAGGGGUGGGCAGAGCCUCAGAACUGGCCUUUCUGAUGGAACCCAAUGAUGUCAUAGCGGUGCGGGACCGCCCCCUGAUGCUGGACUGCCUGGUGGAAGGGGAAGGGCCUAUUUCGGUCACAUGGCGCAGGAAUGGGGUGCCAGUGCCCACUGGGCACAAGGCAAGCGUGCUGGCCAAUGGGACGCUCCUGAUCCAGAACUUCCAGAAGCGGAGGGAGAGCAACGAGACGGACGCGGGCGAAUACGACUGCGCCGCGCAGAACCGCUACGGCAUGCUGGUCAGCCGCAAGGCGCGGGUCCAGCUGGCAUCUCUCCCCAAGUUCCACACUCACCCCGAGUCCAUGUCUGUGGAUGAGGGGGGUGUCGCCCGCUUCCAGUGCCAGGUGAACGGCAUACCAGAAGCCAGCAUCACCUGGGAGAGGAACAGAACUGUUCUGGGCACUCAGGAUAAAAGAUACACCCUGCUCCCUGCGGGCAUCCUCCAGAUCACGGGCGUGAGGCGGGCAGACAGCGGAGUGUACCGCUGCGUCGCCACCAACAUUGCCAACACCCGCUACAGCCACGAGGCCCAGCUCAGUGUAAUGGUCGCGGCCCCAAGGACCUACAAGGAGCCAGUGAUCCUGUCGGGUCCCCAGAACCUGACCAUCACAGUCCACCAGACAGCCAUCCUGGAGUGCAUCGCCACAGGAAACCCCAGGCCCAUCGUGUCCUGGAGCAGGCUGGAUGGACGCUCCAUUGGAGUGGAAGGCAUCCAGGUGCUUGGAACAGGCAACCUGAUGAUUUCGGACGUGACCCUGCAGCACUCCGGGGUGUACGUGUGCUCCGCCAACCGGCCAGGGACCAGGAUGAGGCGUACCGCUUUAGGGAGACUGGUAGUGCAAGCUCCCCCUGAGUUCCUGCAGUGGCCGCAAUCUGUCUCAAAGCCAGCAGGGGGCAGUGCUGUGUUUACUUGCUUAGCUCAGGGUGUCCCAGAGCCUCAUCUGAUCUGGUUGAAGAAUGGCAAGAUACUGACUCCAGGAGACAAUGUGAAACUCACCAACAAUAACAGCACCCUUGCAGUGACACGCAUCACCUCUGAAGACGAGGCCAUCUACCAGUGCAUCGCGGAGAACAGCGCCGGCACCAACCAGGCCAGCGCCCGCCUGGCGGUCUCCCUGGCCAAGGAGCUGCCGGAGGCGCCGCAGGACCUGACCGCCACCGCGCUCUCCACCACCGCGCUCCAGCUGUCCUGGGCACAGCCGCCGCCUGAGGUCACCGACAGCAUCAUCGGCUACGUGCUGCACAUCCGCAUGAUCGGAGAGCCAGACAGUCGAGAGCUACAGGAGGCAGUCAGUAAGAGCACGUUUCAGCACGAAUUCAGCAACCUGGAGCCGGCCACCACCUACUCCAUCUACCUCAAAGCCUAUUCCCCCUUAGGAGCCAGCCAGCAGUCCAACACUGUUUUUGCUACGACACUAGGGGGUGUGCCCACUGCCCCGAGUUUCUUCACCAAGGUUCUGAACAGCACCGCUCUGCAGGUGUUCUGGGAGCUCCCAAGCAAGGCUGGCAAACUGGUCGGCUUCAAGCUGUUCCAUCGCAGGGUUCCCGACCCAGACUUCCAGGGGCCCUAUCUGCUGCCCAGCCAAAUCAACACCCACACCAUCUCCCACCUCGAACCUGCGGCCGUGUACGAGAUCAAACUGGCGGCCUAUAAUGGCAAUGGAGACAGUGAUGGCAACAUGCGACUCGUGUCUCUGGCUGAGGAGGGCACCAGCGCCAAGACCAGCACCGGUGGAGAGACUGCGUGUAACUGCAAGCAGGAGGGCGAGGGCUCCAUGACGGGCAUUGUGGUGGGCAUCCACAUCGGCAUGGCCUGCAUCAUCUUCUGCGUGCUCUUCCUCAUGUUCGGGUACCGCCGCAGUCUGUUCUGCAGGAAGGGCACCCAGGAUAGCUGGUCUGUGCCCCAGGGGGAGGCCGCGGGACAUGUGGGGCAGAGGAGCGUUUCUAAGGAAGGGGUCACUCGCUCUCCAGAAGUCAUAGAGCUAGUGCCGCAGACUUGUGACACUCGAGGAGCAGCGAGUGGGCAGGGCCAGUCUCACCCGGGCCAAUGCCAGGUCCUCAUCGAGCAGCACCCGUCGCGGCAGCCUGGCACGGGCACCGGCUAGCACAAACACCCCCACCAACCCCCCAUCCACCCCCACACCCCCCCCCCCCCACCCCAAAAAAAACA